GAGCAUUCAACAAUGGACUGAUCCCCUCGCCGCUCCGCUCGCUCAACAUUGGCCAUUGCUCUUCCACCUUUAAUUUUAGAAUCUCCUUUGGUUGGACGUCAGAAUUUUGAAGGGAUUGACCGAACAAGCACGUACGAAGAUGGCGUCGAAAGCUGGUCGUGUGGUGUUCAUUGGGAAUAUCCCCUACGGCGUCACCGAAGAAACCAUCAUCGACACCCUCUCCCGCGUCGGCCAAGUCCUCAACUUCCGCCUCGUCUACGACAAAGAAACCGGCAAGCCCAAAGGCUUCGGCUUCGCGGAAUUCAUCGAUGCUGAUGCCGCCGCCUCCGCCGUCCGCAACCUCAACGACUACGAGAUGAUGGGCCGCAAGCUCCGCGUCGACUACUCCAACGACGGCGCCGCCCACGAGUCCCACUCCGUCCCGUCCAACUACACCGCGCCGCCUCCUCUCACCACCCACCCCGAUCCGUCCCUCCUCCAGCAGAUGUCCGGCGUCCCCUCCCUCCCCCCCCUCCCGCCCGGCGCCGAUGUCCCCCCCAACCUCCUCGCCAUCGACGUCAUCUCCACUACCCUCAAAACCCUCCCCCCCGCCCAACUCCUCGAUAUCCUCUCGCAGAUGAAAGGCCUCGUGGCCUCCGACCCAUCCAAGGCCACCGAGCUCCUCAAAGCCGCCCCGCAGCUCUCCUACGCGGUGUUCCAAUCCCUCCUCCUCCUCGGCCUCGUCGAGCAGGACGUCCUCGCCUCCGUCCUCGAACACAUCAACGGAUACCCCCCUCCCCCACAACACCAACAACAGCAGCAGUAUCAAGUACAAUACCCGCCGAUGUCCAACCCCAUAAUGGGCGCGGCCCCGACCCCGCCCCCACAAUACGGAAUGCAGGCUCCGCCACCGCAGCAGGCACCGGCGCCAGCGCUAGGCGGGCGGGACGAUUUGAUUCGGCAGGUGAUGUCGCUGUCGCCGGCGCAGAUCGAAGCGAUGCCGCCGGCGGAGAAGGCGCAGUUGAUGAUGUUGAGGCAGCAGUUUGCGGCGGGGGGGAGGUGAGGGGUGGAAAAUGGGUUGAUGGCAAGGGAAUGAUGAACGCCGUUAAAGCGUGAGAAAUCGGAUCACGUUAGCCUGCGCAUGGAGAAAUCGCGCAGUAUCAACAGAUGCAUUCAUGGCGUUAGGCGCAAUGAUAGACACGAUUGGUUCGCACGGAGUGGAAUUGGCAUAAAACGGGCCAGGUAAAACCGCGUUUCGGGUGAGCUAAUAUAGCUCCAAGGUCGAUUUGAGCCCGAGCCUUAUGAAAGCAUUCAGAGGCAAAUCAAAUGAAAGUUCAGUACUUAUACAUUGAGUUGAGUUCGGAAGCAAGUCAUAUAAAAGUUCCGUACUUAUACACUGAGUUGAGUUCUAAUUGUCGGACGUUCCCAGUUCGCUGUCCUCAUCUACCU